AUGCAAAAAUUCAGCCAACCUUGCCAACGCAGAGGCAACUUUCAUUCCCCAAAGAAAAAAUGGACUCCUGAAGAAGACCAGCUUCUAAUGAAUGCUGUUAAAAACUUUCCUGACAUGAAAUGGUCAAGUCUUGCCACACAAAUUCCUGGACGAAAUGGAAAGCAAUGCAGAGAACGAUGGUUCUAUAUGCUAAACCCUAGCAAUGAUAAUUCCCCAUGGACAAAUGAAGAAGAUCGCUUAUUAUUUUCUCUCCAAAAAAAUUCACCUAACAACUGGGCUAAACAUGCUACUUUAUUGAAAGGACGUUCAUCAAUGGCUAUAAAGAACCGUUGGAGAUGGUUAAAACGUCAUCAUUUCAAUCCGUCAUUUUCUGAAAAUACUGAUUUACAAAUAGCAAAAGCUGAAAAGGAAGAUGCAGAUGAUUGGUCACCAAAACCCCUUUUCAGAAAGGCCACCAUAGAAUUACCACAUCCACCUCAACUAUUUAUUGAAAAAGAUCUCAAUUAUGACAGCUUCUCUUCUGGACAUAACAUUAAGGAGUUAUUGUCCAUUGCAAAUAUGCUUAACUAA